UUGCAGUAAUUUUCUGGAUAUUUUUUCAAGAAUCAAAUGUCUGCCUUUCCAGUAUAGGUCAUCUGGUUUGUCAUUGAAUUUGUUCAAUUUUAGUUUAGACUUGGGUGUCUUGUCCCUAUGGUCAGCAUAUCCCAAAUUGAGCCUUUCUUGAACAUACACACCCUAUAUGGCUGUGAUUGGUUACUUUGAAGUUUAGAAAUGUUGGAGGUAGAUGAGAAGGAUAGGUUACCAGCUGGUGGGAAUAGGAAAACAUAUGCAAGGUCUAUUUCGUGGUCCGAUAGGUCCCCUACCAAGUCCAGUGUCAAACCACAAUGGAACAGCAAAGCACGGGCUUGUUUGCCACCCCUUCAGCCUCUUUCCAUUACUAGACCAACUGCUGAGGAGUGGCCUAGGGCUGGAUCAGAUGAUCUUGGUGUAUGGCCUAAUCCCUCUACUCCUGGUGUAAGGCUUGGAUCAUUCAGCACUCAUGAAGGUUCAGCUACUAAGCAGGCUCCGCGAGAAUUUGAAUUCAAGAAAGAUAAGCUUGCUUUCUUCAAUAAGGAAUGUUCUAAGAUUGUGGAUCACAUCUAUUUAGGAAGUGACACUGUGGCAAAGAAUCGAGACAUUCUCCGUGAGAACGGCAUCACUCAUGUCUUAAACUGUGUAGGGUUUAGUUGUCCUGAAUACUUUAAGGAUGAUCUUGUAUACAAGACACUUUGGCUGCAGGAUAGCCCCACUGAGGACAUCACAAGUAUUCUUUAUGAUGUCUUUGAUUAUUUUGAAGAUGUUCGUGAACAAGGUGGGAGAGUCUUUGUACACUGCUUCCAAGGGGUGUCCCGAUCAGCCUCCUUGGUUAUUGCAUAUCUUAUGUGGAAAGAGGGGAUGAGCUUUGAAGAUGCAUUCCAGCAUGUCAAAGCUGCAAGAGGAGUGACAAACCCGAAUAUGGGUUUUGCUUGCCAAUUGUUGCAGUGCCAGAAACGAGUGCAUGCUCAACCUGUAAGUCCUACUUCUGUGCUAAGGAUGUACAGGAUGGCACCUCACUCCCCAUAUGAUCCCCUUCAUUUGGUGCCAAAGAUGCUGAGUGAGCCAGGAGCUGAAGGACUCGAUUCUCGUGGAGCCUUCCUUGUUCUUAUUCCUUCUGUUAUAUACGUGUGGAUAGGGAAGCAUUGUACCUCGGUAAUGUCAGAUAAUGCCAGGGCUGCAGCCUUUCAGGUAAUCCGCUAUGAAAAGGCCCAAGGUCCUGUUUUAAUUAUCAAUGAAGGCAAAGAGCCUUCUGAUUUUUGGAGUGCUCUUAGCCAGGAAAGCUUCUUUUCUGGUGGUUGUGGCAAAGAAAAGACCAAGGUGGACGCCAGUUUAUUAGCUGAAAAUGACUUGAUUACUGAUAAUAUCAGCCAGUGUAUUGGUCAAAAGAAUGAAUAUGAUCUUGAUUUUGAAAUUUUCUGCAAAGCACUCGCCGGUGGGGUUGUUCCACCUUUUCCAUUGUCAGGUACUGAAUCUGAGACAUGUCUUCCCGCAAGACAGAAUGGAUGGAGUAGAUUGAGACGGAAGUUUUCCAGUGGAAUAAUGAAAGAAUUUAUCACAGCUUCCAAGUUAUACAGUCAUACUGGCAUAACAAGUCCUGUACUUGAUAAGAUGGACACAAUUAAAGAACUCUCUCCUGCUUUGCCUUCAUCACCUUCAAGUCCUCAGUGUGGAUCACCAGAUUCUUUCUCUUCUUAUGCAACCAGCAGUCCAAGUUGGACAAAGGAUCCUUGUAGAGAUGUGGAAAACCCUGGUCUUGAUAUAGAACCUGCGCUAGCGCCAUCUCCUUCAUUUAGCUCACUUGAUUCUCUCUCUUGUUUUCUUGUUAGUAAACCAAAGUCUAAUACCACAUCCCCCUCACUCUCACCUUCAACCUCAGAUUACUCCAGUUCUUUCACCUUUUCUCCCUCCUCUUCCAAUUGGUCUGACUUGACAUACCUAUCUGCACAGCCUUCACCCACGAGAUUUGAACAUGAGGAUCCUAAUUUUGUGAAGAAUGAUUUCUUCAAAGUAAGUUCAUCUUUACUUUGUAAAGGAUCACCCUUUCCAGCAUCAGAGGAAGCAUUUCCAACCAGUCGUGCUCUUAGACGGGCAAACAGUUGUUUACAGUACAAAGAAACUUCCCCUUCACUAGCAGAGCGUAGAGGUAGUCAUCCUCCUCCUAUGAUGAUGUUACGUUCCAAUGAUGAUUCCGCUCAAAUUUCAGUGAAAUUGGUGAGAACAUCAUCAUUUUCUCUUCCUAAUUUUGAAGACGAUACAAUGAAGUGUGUCGAGUGUGACAGCCUUAAUGACGGAGAUUUUGUUGAUAGUAGUAAAGAGGAGCUAAUGUUAGAUGCUGAGAAUUCGAUUACUGACAAUCAACUCCAAAAUGGAGUUCAACCUGUACAUGAUGUAUCUGGCAGUUUCAAUGACCAUUCAAUUGACAUUCCCAUCCGAGUUGCAGAAACAACUGAUAUAGGUCUUUAUCAAUGGCCUUCUAUGCAUAAAUUAGGCUUGUCUUCUGUGGUUUUCGAUUCAAGGUCCGUUUAUAUCAUAGUCAUUCCUGACUUGAGUUUAGAUGAAAAUAGUUCCAGUAGUUUGUACAUCUGGAUUGGGCGUGAUGUGCAAUGGAAGGAAAGUUCAGAUCAAGUGAUCAACAAUGAUUCCAUGUGUGAAGAUAAUCAUGUCCAUUGGGAGAAAGUUGGACACGGUUUUCUUAUUCAGAAGGGCCUGGCCACUAGCUCUCUAGUUCAGAUAGUGAAAGAAGGUGAGGAACCUGAGCAGCUUCUUAAGCAUCUGCCGUGUUUCUCAUUUGAUAAGGCAUUAGAUGUUGGGGUCAAGUAGGUUUUGAUAAAAACACCGCGGAUACCAUCUGAGGUAUGCAAAAUCCUUGCUUUAGUCCUUCUGGCAAGGGUCUUUGGUUAGUGAGCAUCCCAAGCAGUAAAAGUUGAAGGUUUCUGCUUGUGUGAUGUUGAAUGAUACAAGGAGAGGAUUAGAUUUCUCUCGUCGAAGGACAUGUACAGGGAAGAAGUUGCUGUAUAGGAGGAGUUGAUAAGUAUAUAUACUACUCUUGUUGAAAAAUAAGUAUACUGGUCCCCUUUCCCUGUCCAUACCAUCCAACUACAUUCAGUAACAAAAGGUGUAAUGUAAUAGUCCCUGCAUUGGGACAUUUAGCAUUGUUACAUACCCAAAUUCUCUUAAAUGUUUUCUAUUAUAAAUUGUUCAAUGUAGAUUGGGGCUUGUUUGGCUCCACAGCU